AUGCGCAGCCUUCAUCAGGAUGGCCUCGUUGUCGUUGAGAAUGUGAUACCUCAUGAUAGCCUUGAUCGGCUCAACAAAAAGAUGAUCGAGGAUGCAUACACUCUUCAGUCCAGAAAGGGGGAUAGUCCAUUCAACUACAACCCAGGGAAUAUCCAGCAAGAUGCUCCGCCAGUGAGAGAACACUUUGAUACCAGCAUUUUCUUAAACCCAUUUGCAACCCAGAUUACCUCGUCGGCAUUGGGACCCCGUCCGAAAUGGACAUUCUGUUCCGGAAAUACCGCUAUGCCACCCACAGCAGAGCACCCUCCUAUGUCCCAGCCUGUCCAUUCAGACGCAGACUUUGCGCAUCCGUCCCAUCCAUUUGCAUACGUGAUCAACGUGCCUCUUAUCACAAUGACCCCAGAAAACGGCUCCACUGAAGUGUGGCUGGGAACGCACACAGACACUGGACUACAUGUUCAAGAGGGACUACACGGUGAGCGAGCAAGCGGUCGCGUCAAGCUAGACGAGCUUGAAAAACGUCGUGUGGACAGACCUCCCUGCCAACCUGUUGUGCCAAAAGGCUCUCUUAUUAUCAGGGACCUGCGGCUUUGGCAUGCUGGAGUUGGUAACCAGACUGAAAUCCCGCGAGUGAUGCUGGCAAUGAUUCAUUUCGCUUCUUGGUACCGGAACCCCAUGAAACUCGAGUUGGCUGAUGACUUGAGGCCUGUCAUUGAAAGUCAGACUGAUGUGGAAGUUCCGGUAGACUGGGUGACCAAGCCCGAGGCCAUUUCACGUUAUUUGAACCGCGGUUUUGGUAAUGCGUACGAUUUUAACCAGCAGCCCUGA